UUAUUCAGAACGGUUCGAUACAACUCCAAUCACUUUUUAUUUAAUUUUCGCAGGAUGAGCUUUAAGCCAAUCGAACUUAAGCGUGACGAAAUUCGACGCUAUUUGGAGCGCGGAAGCGUUCUUGAUGCGCUUACGAAAGUCUUCGUACGCGUAAUCAAAGAGCGUCCCGAAAAUCCAAUGGAGUACAUACGGAAUAAUAUUGGCGUGGUGCGGCAUCAGCACGAUAAGUACGAACGCCUGGCGCAGGACCUUCAGGAGGCAAACGAAGAAAUUAAACGUUUGCGCGCCAUCAUAAAUGUCAUUAAUCCAGAUGUGCUGCAGCCUACCGGCGAAUCAGACGAUUCCGAGCCAGUGACAGUUGCAGAGCAACUGGAAACUUCGGUCACUUCUGCAAGUACACAGGAGACUAAUCAGAAUUUGGCUGCAGCUAACGGUGUUGAUAAUACACCAGUUGAUGCCAAAUUGACCGUAAUGCUCGACAAUUGUCGCAUUGAGGAAAACAAUAUGGCCGCCGAGCCGAAUAUCGAUAAUACAAAUAAGCAAAGCUCUUCCGUCCAAGCUGAGCCCAGCAGCACUGACACCGAGUGAAUUACGGCUUUAAUUCUUUAAGCUUCCACAUUAAACAUCCCAUUAAAAUGCAUUCUCAUAGAAAUGUUACCAGUACGUAAGAAACUAGAAAAUAUUAUGUAUUUUCUUAAAUGUUAAUAAAAGCGUGUGGCACGAAGGCACGCAAUUUCCUUA